CGCGGAUGAAUGUUCGCGUCACGCGUCUCACCCGCUUCGGCUAUAAAGUACACUCACUUUCCUACAACGACUCAUUACCAUCCAUCACCACACACCCCAACAACCCAAAGAAUGACCGUUGAAAUCGAGACGCUCCCCCCACCAACCCUCUGGACCCGCUACGUCCUUGCGCUCCAAACCCACCCAGUACUUACAAAAGCCAGUACCAGCGCAACGCUCAAUGCCCUCCAAGAACUACUUGCAUCACGUAUAGCAGGAAGCGAUGCACGGCUUGCCCGUCAAAAAGCGGCCAAGAUGGCCGCAUAUGGAUUUUUUGUGAGUGGACCGUUGGGGCAUUACCUAUAUCAAGGGUUGGAUAAGGCUUUCAAGGACAAGACUGGUGCGGGAUGGUCAAUCUUGAAGCUUUUGGUUAGCAAUUUGGUCAUUGCGCCUAUUCAGAAUGCUGUCUACCUCGCGGCAAUGGCGUACAUUGCGGGAGCAGGCAUUCCAGGCAUUCUGCAAACCCUAAAAACCCGUCUACUUGGAGUCAUGAAAAUGACAUGGCUCAUCUUCCCAUCUGUUCAGAUCAUUGCGUUCAAGUACCUCAGCCAAGAACUCUGGCUUCCCUUUUUCAAUCUCGUUGCAUUCGUAUUUGGGACCUACAUUAAUGUUGUAACAAAGUUGGCUGCCGAGAAAAAGAAGGGUGUUACGGGUGGGAAGGAUUUGUAGAUUUGGGUCGAUCUUUGAUAGUCUAUUUCAUUUUAAAUAAAAAUGAUGAUGCACGUUGGGACGAGAAACUGGAUA